AAGCAAUACAGAAGACAGGGGAGUGGGCUGCGAAGGAGCAGAGAAGAAACGCAGCGAGUGAUCCAGAGAGUAGGAAUUAGGAACGAACGAAGAAGACGAUUUCGUCCGCAGGUUGACAGCGAUAUAUGGGUGAUAGACAAGUAGUGGAGCCGCAGCACCCAGUUGAUCCUCCAUUGCCCUCUUCGCCUCCUUCGAGGGAUGAUAUGGUUGCUUGCGUGAUGGCUUUGGAGGCUGCUUUGCUUCCUUGCUUGCCUGCUAGAGAACUUCAAGCAAUAGACCGCUCUCCCCACCCUUCACAUCAAAUUGACGUAGAGAGGCAUGCCAGAGAUUUUAUGGAGGCUGCCAAGAAGCUUCAACUUUAUUUUAUCAGCCUGCUGCGUGAGAGUCAACCGUCAAAAGCUGAAAUGCUUAGAAAGCAGGAGAUUGCUGUGAUGGAAGAGGAACUUCAGAGAAAAACGGAGCUGAUUAGAAAGCAAGAGAAUCUAAUUCAGGGCUGGAGAAACGAGUUAAAAGAUCAGCUGGACAAACACAGUACUGAGUUGGACAGAGUAUAGUGGAAAAUUACGCUUAUCUCUUUACCUGGGGACAAAAAAGUGUAUCUUUUAGAUGUUUGUUAUCAAGUUCUAUUCAUUGUGGGAACAAACAUGAAUAUGUUAUUACAGUUUAGCUCCGAAUGAUUUGAUCUUUUAAGACAGUUCCUCCACAUAUUACGUUGUUACUGAAGAAGCUGAUAGCAAGCAUGUUUGCCCCCUCCUUAUCGUUUGGCUCAACCUACUAAUCUAGCUUUUCACCAA